AUGGACAGCUAUACCAUCCCCAUAGAAAAGGCUGUCGACCUGACAACAGUAUCUUCGCAAUUGGACACCUAUACCAACGCUCAACCACUAUGGAGCUUUGUGGGCGGUUAUGGAGUCUACGGCGGAUCGACUGUCGCCCACUGUCUUGUGGCCGCUCAAAAGACCAUCCCAAGCGACUGUGUCGCCCAUUCUCUCCACUGCAGCUUCAUAAGCCCCGCCAAUCCAAAACAACCGAUCCAAUAUCGGGUUGAGCGAACCCGCGAUGGGAAAAGCUUCCUCACAAGGACCGUCCACGCCACCCAGGAGGCCAAAGUGAUCUCAACAGCCAUCGUCAACUUCGUGCGGGCGGGAACAUAUAGUAAGAGCAGCGACAGUGACGAGGCAGGAAGGCUCGGACACGGGCGAAAAAUGCCCGAGGGGUUGACGCUACCCGAUCAAGCUGAGAUGGACGGGAAGGGGGUAGAUGGGCCGUUUGAGACGCGCUGGGGAGAAGUCCUGAACCAAAGGUCCCACGACCUGGUCAACACUCAGAUCCGAUACUGGAUGCGAGCUAAAGAACCCAUACAACAAACGGGUUCUCGGGUCCAACUUGCGGCGCUGUCAUACAUGUCCGACGCAUAUUUCAUUGGCGCUGCAGUACAGAUAUAUGACGCGCCCGGUCAGACUUUCGGGACCAAAAUGGCCAUGGCAGCUAGUUUGAAUCAUACGAUUUACUUCCACCACCCCGACGCGGUGCGGGCAGACGAGUGGAUGUGCUCCGAAAGAGAGAGCCCGUGGGCCGGGAACGAUCGUGCGCUGGUGAUUCAGAGGAUUUGGUCCUCUGAGGGGAUCUUGCUGGCCACAUGUGUCCAGGAGGUAUUCAUGACUUCUUCCUUCUCCUCCCCUCUCGGCUGCCAAAGUUUGCUUGUGCUGUUCACGCCUGAAAGUCUGACCAGUUUAUGCCCAGGGAGUCCUACGUGUCCAGACGCCCUCCGAAAAAGUGAAAUUGUGAGAAUUUCCUUCCGACCGAGCGGUAGAUGA